CCUUCAGGAAAAGUUAAGUAAAUAAAGGAUGGAAGAAAAGUAGGGUAUGUUUUUUAAAGUUUUAGUUUGAGGGAUACAACGCGGAAACAGGCCCUUCGGCCUACCGAGUCUGUGCCGACCAGCGAUCCCCGCACACUAACACAUACUAGAGACAAUUUACAAUUAUACCAAGCCAAUUAACCUACAAAUCCCUGUAUGUCUUUGGAUUGUCGGAGGAAACUGGAGAUCUUGGGGAUAAGCCACGUAGGUCAUGGGGAGAACGUACAAACUCUGAACAGAGACAAGCACCUGUAGUCAGGAUCGAAGUUGUAAGGCAGCAACUCUCCCGCUCCACCACCGUGCCACCCUUUUAGGUAUGCUUUACUUAAAGUUGACAAAAGCAUUGCCAAAUUAGGCUAAAUGUCCAGCAGUGAGUUUUAUGCAGCAGGGGUUCCAUUAUUUGGAAGAGGUGCUGUGCAGUUUUUCUGGACAGCAUUGUAUAGGUUGUGUAAUGCUAGUCAGUUUCUUAGUGUAACAUGCACACUUGAAGCAUUCUUUCUCUCAGUGCCCUAUUCUCCUUUCAUAGCUGGGGUGCAGAGACAGAGCAGGAGCAGCAUCUCGGUGAUGGUGGUUCAUUGUACCAAUAGCUGCCUGUGGAUAAAGCAGCCAAAUACUGCACAUGGUUGAGAAUCUACAGCUGCUGUUUCUGAGAACUGAAUCAAUUCCAUCAUAUAAUGUUAUCUUUGGGCGGUGAUGUGGGAAGAACGCCUUUAAUUGACAAUAACUUUUGGAUGCCUUAAAUAGAAUGCUGAUCCUGUAGCUUAAGUUAAUUUUUAUUCUGUGCAGCAGAGGAGCCCCAGCAGUGCACGUGAAGCUGCAGACCGCAGUGGAUGCAUUUUGAAGCUGCUGUGUGUGAACAGUCCGUAGAUUACUGAUAAGUUUCCUGCUGCAGGCUGUCCGUGAUUUGUCUGUGGGGAUUGGAAUUGUUUACACAUGCUCCUUUUAGGACUGCAGUGGGAAGCUGCGUUGUUCUCCGGGAUGUCAGCAGGAGAGAUUGCUGUGACCAGGACCAUUCCUGAAGUGUGCUGGGGACUGUAUUUCUGUAUUGCAGUGCGCUCACCUCUCUAAUCAAUAGCAAACACAGCAUUCUAAUACUGUAACUAGGGCAACGGGCACAAUUGCCUGCUGAUAGGCCAGAAUCUGAGGGGAACGCCGGAUUGGUGGUUUGCAGAGAUGGCCAUGAAGAAUUGGGUUUUAAUGUUGAUUUGCUCCAAAUAGGGGAGCAGUGGGAAAGCAGGUACAUCUCCGAGACUGCACUGCAGCUUGGGUUAGCCGUACUUCAUGACUGAAGAGAGAGCAGCCUGUCUAAUGAUGGAUAGGAGCGUGCUGAAUAAAUAGGCAGACGUGAAGCCACAUUAGCUGCCUGUAAGAAAUCAGCUGUGGCCGAGACACAAUCAAAGCACAGUCCACUGCCGAGACACACUCUCUCACUAUAGAAACUGCAGCUUGUCAUCUUUUGUGUUGCUGACGGAAAGAAACCUGGAGUUGCGUGCUUGAUGUGCCACGCAUUUCUGUUGAUGAUGGGAUCAGUAGAAGCCGGCAGCUGAUGCAGGGACUGCGAGUACCAGACCUUGGAAUGGAAGCACGGAUGGAAGAGGAGAGCCGGACAUCAUCGCAGCAUCUCUUUGUCACUGUUGAGGGGACACCAGCAUCUCACUCGUGCAAUAACAUUAAAGAAUGGGAAAUGGAUGCUUUGCAGCAGAAUGGCACUAGUUAUGAAUCACUGAUGAGACGCAACACAGAACUGCUGAAAGCUGUUGAAGAAUUGGAGCGCACAUGCAUAACACUUAGAGAGGAGAACACUUUACUGCGGAAAAGCAGCUCUCCAGAGACUGAAGAGAAAGUGAAGAGACUGAAAAGGAAGAAUGCUGAGCUGGCAAAUAUUGCUCGACGUUUGGAGGAGAGAGCCCGGAAACUGCAAGAGGCGAACCUCAGAGUAGUAAACUCUCCUGCUCCAGUUAAAGGCUACAGUUUGGAACACUACAAGAAAGCCUUUGCCAGACAACGUGCCAAAGAUCUCUCCGAACAUGCUGACAUUAUCCUUGCUAAAGACAAAGAGAUAGAAGAAUUGAGGCAAGAAUGUCGUGACCUUCAUGCAAAACUGGGACCAUCAACGGGGGCUCCAGAUCAGUUAAAGCAGAGUGACUUUGAGCGAGUGUUGAGGGAAUCUCAGAAGGAAGUAUUGCGACUGCAGAGACAGUUAUCUGUGGUGUCUCUGCAAGGAUCUUUGCACUUGAGGGGCCAAGGGACACCCACAGCUGAAAUAUCAUCAGUGCAUCCAUUACUAUCCGUGCAAGAUACAACAGAAUUCUCCAAGACCACGGAGGUAACCGAAUUAUGUAAAAAGCGGAAAGAAUGUGAAAGCCAUGAGCAAGAAAUAAAGAAACGGCAGCGGAUAUGUCAGGAUUUGGAGAAUGAGCUGAAGCAAGUCUGGAGUGAGAAUGCACGGCUAACUGAAGAGACAAUUAGACUCACCCAAGAGGCACAGGAGACUGAUAAGAUUAAAGCUCAGAACAAUGACCUGAGAGAGAGACUCUCAGCAGUGACAGCAGAACGAGACUCAGUUCUGAAGGAGAAUCAGCGACUCCAAGCCAAGCUGGAGAAUCUAGAGCAAGUCCUGAAGCACAUGCGAGAGGUGGCAGAACGUAGGCACCAGCUGCAGUUAGAACAUGACGGAGCACUGACCAUUCUGCAAGCCAAACAGAAUGAGGUUGAACGACUGCAACAGGCCCAGUUUGAUGCAAAGAAGGAGCAUGAAGGGAUGGUCCAGUUACUGGAGAAUACAUUGGACUGCAUGCAGGCAAAGGUACGAGAUCUCGAGGAGAAAUGUCGGAGUCAAAGCUCGCAAUUUAGUGUUCUCUCCCAGGAACUGGAGCAUUUCCGACUCCAAACUGGAAACAUUGAUCUAUUAACAAACACGCUUGUUAACUCAGAUACAUCUGGAUUGAUCUUCCACAGCCAACCUCAGCUCCUAAAUGGAGUGGAACCACCCGAUGUGGAAAAAGGUAACUGGUUGUCUCAUAAGAAUAUUUGGAAUAAAAAACAAGAAUUGGUCAUUCGGCCCUUUAUUCAACUUUCUUGCAAAUUGUCUUUUCUUUUAGUUGCAGAAGACAUUCCCCCAUCAGUUUGUGAGUCUCCAAGUCCACCUCAGGAUGAGAAGAAGGAGGAAGAGCAGGAGGAAGAGCAGGUUCCCGAUGAGCCGCAGGUUCAGUCAGUCACUGUCUCCCAGAAAGAGGAAGAGAUCGCAACAGAAGUUGGCACCAUCAGCAGCAAGAUACAACCUGAAUCAAACCAGAGCUCUAGCAAAGAGACUCCCAAAACAGAAUUAUCACAAAGCAGCCCAAAGUCUUGUACAACUCCAGAGGUAGAUACAGCCAGUGAAGUGGAGGAGUUGGACAUUGAUAAUGUCUCCUCCAUUCCCGAGCCUGAGAGCAGAGUCACUGCAAAAUUGAAGGUGUUCAUUGCUCGGUACAGUUACAAUCCCUUUGAUGGGCCCAAUGAAAACCCAGAGGCAGAACUACCAUUAACAGCAGGAGAAUAUAUCUACGUAUUUGGAGACAUGGAUGAAGAUGGAUUCUACGAAGGAGAGCUAAUGGAUGGGAGAAGAGGAUUGGUUCCUUCCAACUUCAUUGAGCGUGUAUCUGAUGAGGACAUGUUGACGUUUCAUCCUCCAGAAACCAAUGAUUUGUCUCACAGUUCAUUCCAGGAGAUGAGUUUCCACAGUGGUAGUGAGCAGAGCCUCCCACUACAGAAGAACAGCAUUGAAAUGUCAGAGACUUCCAGCCCCCAUGAAGAUCUCACUCUGCAUGACUCACAGAUUAAGCCAGAGAGCCAUGUAAGCAAUGGCUUUGAACUGAAUGCAGAAGAAAUUGCUGAAUAUAAUGAAGAUGUGAUGCCUUUCCCCAGGAAAAUGAAAUUGAUUAAACAACUUGCCAAAAGUAUCAUUAUUAGCUGGGAGCCCCCUCUCGUUCCAGGUGGCUGGGGUACAAUAUACAGCUAUAAUAUCUAUGUGGAUAAAGAAUUACGGAUUAAUGUAAAGUUUGGUGCACAGACCAAAGCUGUAAUAGAGAGACUGGACCUUAAUGCUAAAGCUUACCGGAUUUGUGUGCAGUGUGUAACAGACAAAGGGAACUCGGAUGAAAUAUGUAGCAGCAUGCUCGUGGGGAAAGAUGUCUGUGUUGCCCCAAUACAAUUGAAAAUCCAUUGUAUCACUGCAACCUCAGCGGACAUUUCUUGGUUGCCAAGCAACAGUAAUUAUAGCCAUGCUAUUUUCCUCAAUGAGGAAGAGUACGAAGUGGUAAAGGCAGGGUGUUACUCAUGCGCACUCAUGAACGACAUGCAGACAAUAAAACUUUCUUUGAUUUCUUCCCAGAUUAUUGAAGUGAUGUCCCCCACAGCUGGUAGUGUGCUCGCCAGACCCAGCCAGAUUCAGCUUCUGCAGGUGUCUACGGAACUCGCUGUCCGUACCGUGUCCCCUUAUGGUGAAUCAAUUGACUCCAACCCCAUCAAAAUUCCUCGAGCACUGUUUACAUUUCCUUCGCACUCCAUGCCGUUACAAAUUGCCCCUGAGAAAUGUCCCCAUCCUGACAUAAAUGUUCCCCUCAGUAAUGAAUUACCCAACGUAGAUUUCAGUGACGAAUCUCUGUCUGGGAUAACUUGUGACCAGGCUCUGACUAUUGACAGUGCCACAAGCUGCAAUGGAAAUCAACAGGAAAACUACCCAUCUGAAUUUAAUACUUUAAGUCAGGUGGAUGAUACAAAGCCAAACAUUGAAGAGCCACCAUGUGUCCAAGAAGACAUCAAAAUGACAGAAAAUUUGAAGGCCGGUGCUGCGGGUUUAUUCGAAUACAGUAAAGAGAACAAAGAUGAAGAACACUUGAAAGAUGUCACAGACCAUUUGGAAAAUGCUCAACUAAAGAGGUCUGUCGCCUUUAUUGAGGAGUUCCUUGAGGACUUGGAGCAGAAGGAAAAUAUUGACAUUAAGGAAGAUUCUAAUUGGAACCAUUUGGAAAGUGAUCCCAGGGAUCAGACGAUGGAGAUAAGAACUAUACGAGCACCAAUCAAUAGAACCCAGGAGUCCAAAGAAGAGAUAGAAUGUGAUGUUUCCCCGACUAAUAUUAGGGUUCCAUCCAUUGAGGAAUUUCUGUCAGAUAUCGAAUUAAAGGAGGAGAAAAUACAUGUUUCUGUGGAUGAAAAGAUGAUUGAAGAGGGCCAGCUUGGAUCUGAAGUAAACCACCUGCACGUCGUUAAAGCUGACAACCAUGAAAAUGAGGAUUAUCCUCCAGACAAUAGUCGCGGCUCAGACCUCUCCGAUAUCAUGGAAGAAGAUGAAGAAGACCUGGGAUCAGACUCACAAGCCAAUGACGAUCUACAGAAACAUGAAAACAACUUAAACAGAGAGAACUCACUGAAGCAGCCUGAACAGUAUGAAACUGAUAGCGAUGAGGAGUUUUUGGAGAAAAUUCUAGAACUUCCUUUGCAGAAACAUUGCAGUAAGAAACUAUUCAGCAUUCCUGAAGUAACCAAAGAAGAGGAGGAUGAGCAGGAGGAGAAAAAGGAAGAGAAGGAGAAGGAGGAAGAGAAGAAGGAAGAGAAGAAGGAGGAGGAGGAGGAGGACAAGGAAACCAUUUCUGGCAAGACUCAAGAUAGCACUCAAAAUCAAAAGCCAGGAAUAGAGGCCUCCAACUGCUCUCAGGAUGAAGUACACGUAGAGGAUCAGAUAUUUAACUGUAUACAAACUAGUUCUAAUGACCAGAGUCCAAGAGAUCAAGUCUCAAAUCUUGAAACCAAAAAUAAAGAAAUGGAGAAACAGCCAGUCUCCAAAAUAAAUUUGCAUGAAAGCACAAAUCUAGAGGAGGGUGCCAUAGGUUUGAAUGGUGCUCAAAGUGAGCUGGAAUUCAUGGACAGGGAGGAAGACUUACUGUUUAACAAUACAUAUGAUCAGCGUAACAAGCAGGAACCAAGUGAAAAACACACUCACUACCCUAGGAGCAAUUUCAAGAAAAAGGAAUGGUCUGAAGAGGCCAGUUACAAGUUUCAUAAUAGACAUUCCAAGGAAUGUAUCAGAUCCCAGGACUGGAAAAGGAAGACUUCAGAAUACACACAUAAAAGCACCAUUGAUGACCAUAUCCUUGAAAGCACUCCAGAGAAAUCACAAUCGGAGGAAAGCCACAGGGAUAUUUUAGAUAUGUCUGUCGUUGAUCCAUCAUCUUUAUUGCAAAUGCAAUCUCGAACUCAGAUUACUUCUAUGACUCCCGAAAAGUUCUAUGUACCAGUUACUGGGAGCACUCAUUACAACAACAUGUACCAGGCGUCACAUAAGGAACUAGAAAUAGACAUAGAGUAUGGCACUGAAGAGGAGGAAGAAAUACCAUCUCCUAACGUGCAUUUCUGUUCAAAUAUUAUUCAUCUGGACCAAAUGAAAUCCGGUUGGUCGCAUGGUGGCCAGAAACACAAUGAAGAUGAGUGUAGUCAAUGCAGCCAGUGUGGUUCUACCCACUCAAAUGAUCAAAGUCAAGCAUCGGUUAAAUAUGAAGUUUUAGAUUUGAACUCUGGCUAUACUAAAUCUACCCAUUGUCAAAAAAGGAGAGAUAAAGCCACUCUCCCGAGGAAUCAGCUGCAUCGUGCUCAAGGGAGACUAAAGGGAAAAAUUACAGAGGAGAAAAAGUUGGAGGCUUUGAAAAUGGAGACUUAUGACUUGGGCAGAACAAGGGCAAGGACAAGAACAGAAUAUGUGGAUUCAGCAUGUACACCGGACUUUGUGGUAGAUUUAGAUUCAGACUCUCAUUGUGCUCCUGAUUCACCUGCAGUACGAGCUUUAAACCCCCAAAAUAGCUCCUCCCUUAGGCUCGGUAGAGGGGAGUCGUUCGUUUCCAAAGCUUUACGUGCAGAGGCUUCCAGAAGUGAAGAGGGUUCAAUCCUAGAUGGAUUCAAGGAGAUAGAGCCAAAGGGAAUGGUGGAUGGUGUACUUGUUCGCAUCUUUGUGGCUUUGUUUGAUUAUGAUCCUGCAACGAUGUCACCGAACCCGGAUGCUGCAGAGGAGGAGUUGGCUUUUAAAGAAGGCCAGAUCUUAAAGGUAUAUGGUGAUAAGGAUGCUGAUGGGUUUUACCGUGGAGAGGCAAAUGGCCAGACCGGCUUUGUACCAUGUAACAUGGUCUCAGAAAUCCAGGUGGAUGAUGAUGAUGUGAUGGAGCAGCUGUUACUGCGGGGUUACCUGGCCCCCAGUACAUCCAUGGAGAAGCUGAGCAGCCACAUGCUCUCUCAGCCGCCACGCCGCUCUGCCCCUCCUUUGAAGCCAAGGCGAUCCAAAAAAGUGCAUUCCAACACGUGGAAGGAAGCUCGGCAGCGAGAAUGGAAUCGACCUAGCGGCGUACUGCAGAACUUACCGAUGAAAAGGAUGAUGGCUGUUUUUGAUUACGAUCCCAGGGAAAGCUCUCCUAAUGUGGAUAUUGAGGCUGAGCUGACUUUCAGUGCUGGUGAUAUCAUUGCUGUUUACGGGGACAUGGAUGAGGACGGUUUCUAUUAUGGUGACCUGAAUGGAGUAUAUGGACUAGCACCAUCCAACUUCCUGGAGCUGAUCAGUGCAGAGGAGACAGUGGACACAACUAUGGGGAAUGCCCAGCUAAGGCUUCCUCAAAAUGCAGUUCAGAAGGAAAAACAGCUGAGCUUGGAUGAGGAAGAGGAUUCAAAUCGUGUCGGGACAAUGAACAUCCAUCCCAACGUAACAGCAGGGUGUUUGGACAAUCACGGAUACAACGAGAAUUCCAACAGCAAGAAAAAAAAGGGAUUUUUUUCAAAAGGAAAGAAACUAUUCAAAAGAUUGGGAUCCAGUAAAAGAGAAUAAUUCACCUGGAAUCCAUUAAAAGUGUGAAACUCCCACGUGAUUCAGUAAACAUGAGUAACUCGUCUAGAAUCCCGAAGAGAACAAUCUGUGUUCCACCAAAAAGGAUUAAGUUAUACCUAGGAUACAAACAAUAGUGCAAGUUGGAUCCAACCACAGUGGAAUUCUAUAUCAGAUCUGGGAUUUAAUGAAUGGGUGAUUACCACUGAAAGUAAACAACACUCAGUUGGAUUCAGUAGAGGAAAUGUUUCCAUCCAACUUCCAGUAAAUCAAAGGAGCUCCCAUGUAAGACCAGAGUGAAGCUCAUCCGGAUGAUGAUAAGCUUUUGACGUGUACAACGCGCUCAGCAAAUUGUCACCAUUGAAGAGAGAUUAUAUCCAAACAUGCAGAACAUUGUUCCUGCUGUGAAACUCUGGAGAUACCCCCACCCUCCUUUCCGCCUUUUUAAAAUUCAUUUCUCCAUUAAUUGUAAUAUUGUAAUUGGCCAAUUACUUGGCCAACACUUAUAAUUUAUCCUGAUUACUUGCUGAGCAGUAGCCACAGUGACUGAUAGAAGAGAAUGCCUUUCCACAGACGGUAAUGACUACAAUCAAUGAAUUUUGUAACCUGCUGGAAAUAUCCACGUCUUCUCAUCUAUAACUGUAAGAAGACAAGUGACUAAUAACUUUCAUCCAUUGAUGUAUCUGUGACUGUUUAACAACCCAGAACAUUUUCUUCAAUUAACUGUGGCAGUAUUGUUUAGCUUUGCAGUGGUAUAAAUCUCUCGGUUUGUUAUAAUAGUCAGGCAGGCUGUGGAGUCUCGAGCACAUAACCAGAGAUGUGCUAAGGCCCCACUGAUUAGUUGUGUUAACAAUAACAACAGCAAUGUACUUGACUGGUAAUCUCAUGUUGGUUAUCAGAUAAGUCGUUGCUACUUAGCAUAUCUCUGAAUUUCAUGCUGUGUUCAGUUUACUUAUGUCCUUUUUUCAGUGUUCACAUAAUUAGGAUUAUUCUUGGCUUGCCACUAUUUACCAAGUCCAAACUGGAACAAGUGCAGCAUAGGGGUUUACAAUCUGGACUGCAGUUCUACUGUUUGCUUUGUCACUCAAGAAAACACAUUAAAAAAAAAUCAGGAAUGAAAAGCAAAAUGAGAUGGACAAGUAACAUGAAAACUCGUUGUUCUUCAUCUGACACCAGAUCCUGAAGUUCUGUGAACAUUGCAGAGAUUUCCAACGAUCGGGCUGGGUGCAGAACGGGUAGAUCACAUCUAUUGACACAGCUGCCCACAUAUUUGAGAUCUGAUCCAUUACAUGCCUAUGCACAGGCAACGGGAAGGUUUAACCUCUGCCUUAUUCAAGAAAGAUAACUUAAUGAAUUACUGAGUGUGAAAACAGAAAUUCAGAUGCCAAUCGCAAUACCCUGCCAGUGUUGAGCUGACACCCUGAGUUGGGAAACAUACCUGCUUUGUGUUCCAGGCUUCUAAGCAGCUGUCAGACAUAAAAUAGAACUUAUUUUCAUACGUUAAAGAUAAGCCAUCAUGUUUAAAUUAUAGCACGUGGCUUUAUAAGAUACAAUCAAACGAUUUUGUAAAGAAGAGUUUAUAUGAUUGAUUUUGACAUUUGUAAAUAUUUCCACGUCUUGUUUUGCAUGUGUCAUCGGGAUUGUGUCUGGCUGCUCUGCAUGGAGUGUAGUGGUGAGCAGAGCCUAAGUUCUUACAGUCAAACCUUUACCUUUAUUUCUAUAUAGAAAUGUUUUUACUGAAAUAAAGUCUAUUUUCACAGUAA